AUGCCACGUAAAACAGCAAAACAUGUGGCAAGAAACAAGAAGAAGUAUUGGAGAAAGAUUGACACACAAGACAUCGAAGACCAACUCGAAGAUGUUCGCGUGCAGGAAAUGACAGGUGGUCGUCGAUCCGAACAACCGGAUCAUGUCUUAUACCAUAUUGACACUGAACAUCCGCUUGGUUCGAAAUCUCCAUCGGCAGAAGAGAUGCAAGUUUCUUCGCCUAUCAUUCGUUCCAUUCCGAGAAAGCGUCCACCAUUAGACUUGAAUAACCUUAAUACAUACAAAAUCUUGGAACCACACAGUAGCGUACAACCUCCAGGAUCGGAUUCACGCCAGAGUAGAGUUUCGACGUCGAAGUCUACUAAACGUUUGAUCGAAUCAGAGAAGUGUACGGAAACGCGUCGAGCUGCUACAAAGAAGUAUCAAACUGCAGUCAAACAACGUGCUGAAGCUUUACAAAGAAAUGCCAUAUCUAAAGCGGAGCAAAUGGAACUUAUCGAUCCUCAUGUAUCUCAAGCUUAUGACCUAUGGAAUACACAAGAUGAUAAGAAAGAAAAAGUUCGAGCAUCUGUUGGUCCAGCAAUGGCAGCGUAUGUGGAGCAAGUAUAUCAAACAUAUGAUUGGAAAGUUCCUAAACAUAUUAUCAAACACCCGUCGAAAUUACCUGCCAUUACUACACCAUUACCUGGCACAUCGUACAAUCCAACCUAUGAUGAUCAUCAAGAUUUACUUAAAAAAGCUGUCGAUGUUGAAUUAGAAAAGGAACGAAAAGAUUUGAAAUUACAGCGCAAUUUACCGGCGAUGUUAACACAGAGCGCCGCUGAACCGAUCAAACAAGCAUGGCUGAAAGAAAUGUCAUCUGGUUUGUUUGAUGAUGACGUCGAAAACGAUAUCAACGGGGAGAAUAACCAGUCGACUUCAGUUAGUGUGGGUAAACCAGUCACAAUCGAGACUAAGACCGUUCAACAGCGAAAUAAAGAAAAACUUCAGAAGAAAAAAGAAGCUUUAAAUAAAGCAAAGAAGGAAAAACGUAUUCGUGAUACUCAGCUAUUCCGAAUUAAAUCGAUUCGUAAAGAAGUCGACAAAGAAACGCAAGAACAUGGACAAUUAUUGCAAGAACGUGAAAUCAAGUAUGAAAAUCGGAAAAACUAUGGCACGAAGAAAUUCGGUCGAUAUCGAUUUGAAGAAGCUGAUUUGGACUUGAAUCUAUCUGAUGAAAUCACCGGAAACUUACGAACCAUGAAGGCCGAAGGUAAUCUUCUUCAUGAUAGAUUUAAAUCAUUACAAAAACGAAAUAUUAUCGAACCACGUGUGCGAGCAAAACCAACAAAGACCAAGAUGAAGAAAUACGAAAAACGAUCUGUACGAGAAGUUGGACCGAAUUAUCAACCAAAAUAG